CUGCACUCCAUAAACUUGGAUGCCUACUAUUGCUUUGAGAAAAAUGUGCACCCCUACCAGCUUAGCAAACUGAUGACAAUGCCACUGUCAGAAGCCACUUCCAUGGUAGACGCCAUUCCAGUUGAGAAUACACAAGGCCGCACAUAGCUCGUCGCGAUUACCAAGGCGCGACGUGCAGACAACACACUGUUAAACCAUUCAAAUCACGCACAGUCUGUGCGUCUUAUUCCAAAGUCUGCCCUGCUGCCAUAGCAACGAUCACUCUCGACGCCACAGAUUGCACCACACCCCUGGAGGGGAACUCUAACCUAGAUCUCCCCAUUGUCCCACUAUCGGUUUGCAACUAACAAUCAACUCUCAACCCACUCGAAACUAGAAGCCAUCGAAGGGUACAAAAUUGCCAGGAAGCCAAGCUUUAAGGGAAAUUUGAGACGGUCACUAGAAAGGAAGGCACCAAGAAGACGCCAAACGCUAUGGAACUUGAGAAAGCGUUCUUCGAGCACACAGGACAUAAACCUCUCCUCACGCGAGCCCUCAUCGAACACGUUGAGAGUCAGAGGGUCCGGAUUCGAAAUGGUGAAAAGACUUAUAUUCAAUUGAAUUUGGAAGGAAACUCUUCCGAAGAGUCGUCUCGGUGGUUCCAAGAUAUGGAAGCUAAAGGCAAACCCAUUACAAUAUUCUAUAACCACUAUCAAGAAAUGGCAAAAAUUCUCGACGUUCGGAGCGAUGCCGAUCCCUUCUUUAAAUUCAACCGAACAAUCCCCAUCCAUUUUGUAGUCCAAUGCCCGGAUCCUGAAGACCCGAAGGAAUUCGAUCUUCAAAAGAUGAAAGCUAGGCUAGAAGGAUGGGAGCAGUCCUGGAAUAAAAGCGUCGAGCGCCAGAAACUCCUAGAGUCAGUUCAAACAGCCAAAUCUACUGUUCCAAUCAAUAAAAUUAUUGGACUCGGCCUCGGUUCGGGGAAUCGCCCGUACAAGGACUACACACAUGCGCGAUUUAGCUACUGCCAACAUCUCGCUGCUUGUGAUAUUGCGCUGGAGCUCCAAAAGCUAUAUGGACCGGAUACAGAGCCUAUCGAGAUCUUCGGCCAAGAUCCAGAGUACACUCCAAACGAUAAAGUGAUUCUAGCACACCUGAACCCGCCUAUUGCCACGUUGGAGGAUCCAUAUGGCUUUCUCGCAAUUGACAAGACGACUUUCGUCAUGUCAGUUCACCCAAACGUUCCUGUGCGACAGAUUAUCGCCGAUCUAGCUUUGGAGUCGAAUGACGCUUGUCCGGCGGGCGUCCUUUGGAACUACAAUCCGCAAUGGCGGGAGGAAGGCGGAGACCAGGAUCACACAGAUCCAUGCUCUAGCCGAGUUGAGAAGAUGCUUGAAGGCUUCGUUUUGGCCGAAAUUUUCGAAGACGACAAGGAAGAAGAUCGGAAUACUUUUGGGAAGACUGCUAUUUGGUUUAGGAAGUUGUGA